GACGCCUUGCCGUUGUUUAUAAAGAACAGUUCGCACGUGCGUGUUUUUAAUUAGCGCGCGCGUGUGUGAGAGCGCGCGCGCCCGUCCGCGAUGCUCUGAACGGCUCCCCGGCAGUGCGCGCCUCCUCCGCUCGCGUCCAGGUGUCACAUUUUUCGGAUGCUUCUAGACAUUUGAACCCGGGCCCCAAUCAUCAUGACGGACUCCUCCUCUGCCUCUGACCCCACGGCCGGUCCCGUAGACCCCUGUCCCGCUCCUUCUGCCCCGGAUACAGCUGUGGAGGAUCCAGCAUCGACUCCCGCCAACGGACACCAUCCGAAUCAAGCGGACAGUUUUAACAUGGAGCAGCAGAUGAAGAUCGGGGAGCCGGAGGAUAACGGGCUCCUGGAGAGCAGCAUGCGGCUCAAACCCCACGAGGCCCAGAACUACAGAAAAAAAGCACUAUGGGUGUCGUGGGUCUCCAUUGUGGUGACGAUGAUCUUGGCCAUCGCUGCGUUCACUGUUUCUAUAAUGCGGCAUAGUGCGUCAGCAUUUGGGUUUGCAUUUGACGCCACACUGGAUGUCCUGUCCUCCAUUAUUGUGCUUUGGCGAUACAGUAAUGCUGCAGCCGUUCAUUCAGCACACAGAGAAUACAUAGCAUGUGUUAUCCUUGGGGUCGUCUUCAUCCUGUCGGCCAUAACAAUCUUGGUGAAAGCCAUCCAUGAUCUUGCCACAAAACUGGAGCCAGAAGUGCCAUUCGACUUGAAGCACGGCUACAGCUAUUGA